GAUGUCAAAAGUUAAAAUUGGCGAGACGAGGCAAGCAAAGCAAGGUACUUGAGGCAGAGACAAAUUAAGAGCAGGUGGAAUUUAAUUCAGAUUACUUGUCUUAUUAUUUUAUUUUACUAAGUGUUACACAUAAAACACUUAUGAGAUAAUUACCGUAUUGCUCUAAAUUAAAAUAUUAUUGUAAGCAGAACAGAAAAGUACAAAAUGAAGCUUAUUACCCACAACAUGCUAACGUCUAAGUGCUUGAAAGGUGUUACAACCGGCUAUCCACUUGCUAUAAGCGCUACAGAUAUUAAGAUCACAGAAGUUGACUUUAAUCCAGAGUUCGUGUCGCGUGUAUUACCAAAAUUGGAUUGGCAAGUGUUAUGGAAUGCUGCUGAUAGUUUAGGACACAGUGAAGGAUUACCGAAAACACUUGAAAACACAGAAGGAGACCAAGAGUUUUUAAAGAAAGCUCAUCGAGUUUUACUAGAGGUUGAAGUGGAAGAAGGUCACCUCACUUGCCCGGAAUCAGGUAGACAAUUCACAAUCACAAAAGGUAUCCCUAACAUGCUGUUAACAGAAGCUGAAGUACAAUAAAAAGUUAUUAUAUUAA